AUGCUCUCGUUUAUUGCUUUUGGGGUGAUUUGCAACACCCCGAUUUGUACACUAAUUUACAACCCUCGAGGUGCAUAUAAUUUACUUUCUUGGCUUGGCAGGGGCACCAUGAGUACAGACAGGAGUUGGAGCAGCGAUGUCCUGCGUCCGAGCCGCGGAACGGAUGCCGUGCCGCAGCCUCUUCCUUCAACAACAUCUCCUUCGCGAAAGAUCUCCAUCAUCUAUUUGCACGCACUUCCACGAGGCAACCAGCCGGCACGUCCUCGCGAGGAGUCAUCACCGCGUAGUCUGGCUGGCUUGGAUAUCCCACGUAGAAUCUCGGCGGCGGCGGCGGCGGCGGCGGCGGCGGCGGCGGUGGCGGAAGCCGAAACAUGCGGGAUACGAGGUGGCUAUUCGUAUUGCUGUUUGGUCUUCUGCACCGCCUCUGCCCGCACGCGCAUGCGCAUGCGCAUGGCCAACAUGCGCUCACAAAUGGCUCCAUGUCCUCCACCUCCACCUCCACCUCCACCUACGCGCCUACCUACACGGGGCCAGCCACGGGCAAAACAGCGCUGGGCGGCGAACGGCGAUAUGACGUUUGUUUCGACCUCCGUGUACAACAGCACGACAACAGCAGUCUUUGCCUCGACGCUGUACACGACCAUUACAUCUCUCGGCGACAAUGCCACUCCGUAUACGCUCUGCGAUGGCUUCCCUCGCAUCAAUGCCAGCCGAACCGUCACCUCGAUCGAAAUCCCACACACACUCACUCAGACAGUCGCUGUGACGACUUCGAUUCCGACGCCGAUUCCUCAGCCAAAUUGCACAAUCGGACCAGCCGACUGCUCGUCUUUGCUCACUGCUUGGCGGGCAGCGUCUGCAGCAUUUCAGAGCUUCUCAGCCACAGGCCCAACCGCUACACCACCGCCAUAUGUCCCAUCCCCAAUAUGCGGCUCUGCCACCGUUGCACCUCAAUCUGUGGCGGUGGAUGACCCUCUCUGUGUCAUGAAUGCGGCUUCUGUCCAACUCCUAUACUGGCCAGUGCAGACCGUGACGCCUUGCGAUGCUUGCCAUCGCAGUCUGAGUGACUGCCCGACAACCACUGCAGGCCCUACCAUAUCUGGCAAACCCAAUACCAUCGUCUGGCGCAACCAGACGUUGACAAGUCCUACGGCAUACAUUGCUUUCGAAGGAUCCUGGGCCUACACCGUUGGCGAGACCACUCAUACCACUCCUCAGACCAUCGUCAUCCCUCAAGAUCCUGCUUCCGUUUCCACCUACUGUGGUAAGCCUGGAGGGGGCUACAGUCCACCGAAGAGCGUCAAUUACAACAACUUCAACAGUCCAAUUCCCGCGGAUGUGUAUCGAUGCCAGCCAAGCUGCUUCACCAACCCACUGCCAUGGUCAGCGCAACCUGUCCCAUUUACAUACACCGAUACCAUCGACGGCAUGUCGCUUGCUACGGAGAAUCUAUGUUCCACCAUCUGGAAUGACUACGCACCAGUGCUCUCAAUCCCCGAAGCCUUCAAAACGAUCAAUCCUGCUGGCUAUGUGGAUAUGUUUGGCGUGCCAAGUGUAUGCCGCUUCAUUUUCGACGAAGAUGCUGUACUAUUCGAUCCUCCCAUCGCACUCACGGAAGUUGAUAUGGCUGCGAGGCCCACAUUACCGCGUGGCAACAGUGCUGAGCCGACUCCUACGGAAACAUAUACUAUGCCCAAUGCUCCUACGGUUCCGACUGCGCCGACCGCCAACCAGCCGACCGUGCCAACAAGAACAGCUGUAGCCGUUGCGGAGAGUCAAGUCGCUCCUUCGAACGUUCAACCUCUGCCCUACCCUCCUGAUUCUCAAAAUGCGGGUCAGCCUCCGCCAACGAAGACAUCGCCAAGUGUGGCGGAUAUUAUCGCUUCAGUCAUGGGAAUGACGGCGCCAAACAAUGGAAGACCGGGCACGGCAGUGACACUGGCGUACGCGACGGAUGGAUCUGCUAUUGUCGUGAAUGGUGCGACUGCGUCUUUGGGAAAUGAAAAUCACAAUGCUGGCAACUCUGUUGUACGCUCUGGUACUAUCUCCGUCGCUGGAACCUCCUAUCCAUGGUCCAAGGUCGGCUCCUCAGUCAUCAUCGACGGCCAAUCACUAUCUCCUGGUGCAAGAAUCGCUGUCAAUGGACAGACCAUCAGCUUAGUAGGCGAUUCACACGUCGUCGCCAUCUCAGGAGAUGUCACGUCGACUAUGAAUCUGGAAGCAACAGCCACAAGCGCUCUCAGCGAGGGUUCGGGAGGCGUGAUUACCGGAGGGAGCAAUACACUGAGCUAUACGACAUCAGGAGGCGUGUUAGUCAUCGGCGGACACACGUUGACGCCCGGAGAGACCAUCACACUUGGUGCCGAGUCCUCUACCCCAACAGCGAGUACAACUCAGCACACUUCUUCGAGAAGUAAUACGGCUGCGCAUUCAACGGCCACUACGACAUCUGGAUCAUCAAAAGCCGAAAGUUCUGGGAUUUGGCGCAUUUUGCUGACGGCUUUGCUCAUCAUGAUAGCUUUGUUCGCUGCAUGGUAGGAUAGACAUAUACCACUGAUGAUAAUAUGUAAUGUAAUGAAAACCGUGUCG